GCUUUCGUGAGGUUCGCGUUUGAUACAGCUUUAUGCAGAACAACGUUCAUACGUUUCAUAAUUAUAUCGGGGUAUACAAAUGAUCUUUUGAACGCAAAAGAAUCAUGAACGAAUAGCGGAGCUGCACUUCUGCACACCUUUGAGCAGCAGUAUGAUGCAGGCAGGAGUCUGUCUGAGACAGGACACUGAGACAACACUACCAGAGCUCACUGAGCAGCACAGGAUCAGACUGAAAGAAGAGGAACUCAGUGGACUGGAGUCAGAGACAGAGUGUGCUGCACCAGGACUCAACACACUGGAGCCAGAGUGUGUUACUGCACACAGCGGGGUCAGUGAUGGACACCACACACACACAUCAGUGAUAAAAACAGAAACUGAUCUGGGCUCCACCCACACUGGGGAUCUUAUUAAGACAGAGAGCCAAGACUUUACAGAGCUGGGAUAUGUGACCCAUCUGCAUCCUGACCAAAUCAAAACUGAGGCUGAUGAUGGAGGAUUUGUUAAGACGGAAGACAUCAGUGACCUGCAGGAUAUUAUAUGUGUUCAUAUUAAAUCUGAUCAAUUGAAGUGUGAAUCCAGUGAAAGUUUAGGGAGUGAUCUCCUGAACCCUGUGAUGGCUGGAGCCUCUGGUCAGACUGAACCCUGGCAAGAUGAAGGAGCAUCCAAUCUGCUGAAGCUGGGACAGUGUUUCAGUAAACAUAGUCAAUUAACUAGCCUCUACACAAUUCAUACAGUUGAAAAGCCUUACCAGUGUGGGAAGUGUUUUAAGAAAGAAUGUGCUUUCAGUAACCACUUGACAGUACAUACACAUGAAAAGAACUACAAGUGUACCGAGUGUGGGAAAUCUUGUUUAUGUAAAUCCUAUAUUAAUAGCCACCAUAAAUAUCACACCGGUGAAAAGCCAUACAAAUGUACACAGUGUGGGAAGUGCUUUUCCCAAGUGUGCAUUUUAAAUCGGCAUCAGAAUAUUCACACAGGAGAAAAGCCAUACAAGUGUACACAGUGUGGGAAAUGCUUUUUAAUAAAAUCUAAAUUAAAGAGCCACCAGAGAAUUCAUACAGGUGAAAAACCAUACAAAUGUUCUCAGUGUGGGAAGUGUUUCAUCCAGUUAAGUGAUUUGAAUCGCCACUGCAGAAUUCAUACACGUGAAAAACCUCACAAAUGUCCUCAAUGUGGAAAGUGCUUUUCCGAAGUAUGUGAUUUAAAUAGCCACAAGAGAAUUCAUUCAAGUGAAAAGCCUUUCAAGUGUGCACAAUGUGCAAAGUCUUAUUUAACAAAAUCUAACUUAACUGUCCACCAGAGAAUUCAUACAAGUGAAAAGCCCUAUAAAUGUUCACAGUGUGGUAAGUGUUUUUUUCAAGUUUGUCAUUUAAAUCGCCACCGGAGAAUUCAUACAGGUGAGAAGCCAUACAAGUGUACACAGUGCGAGAAGUGCUUUUUAGAAAAAUCCAAUUUAAAUAGCCACCAAAAAAUUCAUUCAGGUGAGAAACCCUACAAGUGCACACACUGUGGGAAAUGCUUUUUCAAAGCAAGUCAUUUAAUCCGCCACCAGAGAAUUCAUACAGGUGAAAAGCCCUUCAAGUGUCCUAAGUGUGGGAAGUGCUUUUUAACAAAGUCUAAUCUGAAUAGACACCAAAAAAUUCAUUCAGAUGAAAAGCCGUACACCUGUACUCGGUGUGAGAAGUGUUUUAAUACCAAAUCUGCUUUAAAUAACCACCUGAGAAUUCAUACAGGUGAAAAGCCCUAUGAAUGUACUCAGUGUGGGAAGUGCUUUUCUGCAAUAUCUCUUUUAAAUCGACACCAGAGAGUUCAUACAGGUGAAAAGCCCUAUAAAUGUACUCAGUGUGGGAAGUGCUUUUCUGCAAUAUCUCUUUUAAAUCGACACCAGAGAGUUCAUACAGGUGAAAAGCCCUACAAAUGUAUUCAAUGUGGGAAGUGUUUUUCCCAAAAGGGUUCUUUAAAUUACCAUCAGAGAAUUCAUACAGGCGAAAGGUCCUACAAAUGUACUCUGUGUGGGAAGUGUUUUUCCAGAAAAAGUGUGUUAAAUCGCCACCAGAGAAUUCAUACAGGUGUAAAGCCAUACAAAUGUUUUCAAUGUGGGAAAUGUUUUUCCCGAAAAGGCUCUUUAACUUGCCAUCAGAAAACUCAUGCAAGUGAAAAGCCCUACAAAUGUAUUCAGUGUGGGGCGUGUUUUUCCCAUAAAGGCUCUUUAAAUUGCCAUCAAACAUUUCAUACAGGUGAAAAGCCCUUCAUAUGUACUCAGUGUGGGCUGUGUUUUUCCCAAAAGGGCUAUUUAACCUGCCAUCAGAAAAUGCAUACAGGUGAAAAGCCUUACAAAUGUACUCAGUGUGGGAAGGGCUUUUCCACAAUAUCUAAUUUAAAUAGCCACCAGAGAAUUCAUACAGGUGAAAAGCCCUACAAAUGUACUCAGUGUGGGGCGUGUUUUUCCCAUAAAGGCUCUUUAAAUUGCCAUCAAACAUUUCAUACAGGUGAAAAGCCCUUCAUAUGUACUCAGUGUGGGAAGGGUUUUUCCACAAUAUCUGGUUUAAAUCGCCACGGGAUAAUUCAUACAGGUGAAAAACCCUACAAAUGUUCUCUGUGUGGUAAGUGUUUUUCCAGAAAAAGUGUGUUAAAUCGCCACCAGAUGAGUCAUACAGGUGUAAAGCCAUACAAAUGUUUUCAGUGUGGGAAGUGUUUUUCGCAAAAGGGUUCUUUAAAUUGCCAUCAGAAAAUUCAUACAGGUGAAAUGUCCUACAAAUGUACUCCGUGUGGGAAGUGCUUUUCCUCAUUAUCUAAAUUAAAUAGCCACCAGAGAAUUCAUACAGGUGAAAAGCCAUACAAAUGUAUUCAGUGUGGGGCCUGUUUUUCCCAAAAGGGCUCUUUAAAUUGCCAUCAGAAAAUUCAUGCAGGUGAAAAGCCCUACAAAUGUUCUCUGUGUGGGAAGGGUUUUUCCAGAAAAAGUGGGUUAUAUCUCCACCAGAUGAGUCAUACAGGUGUAAAGCCAUACAAAUGUUUUCAAUGUGGGAAGUGUUUUUCGCAAAAGGGUUCUUUAAAUUGGCAUCAGAAAAUGCAUACAGGUGUAAAGCCGUAAUGAUCUCUGUGUAGGAAGUGCUUUCACAGAAUAUCUAAAUACCCAAUCGAGUAUUCAUCAUGGUGUAAAGCCCUACAAAUUCUACAAAUUUCUACUAUACAUCAGUUAAAUAUCCACCAAAUAAUUCAUGCAGAUGAAAAGUCCUACAAAUGUACUGAAUUGUGGAAAGUGUUUUUCCAGAAUGUAUAACCUUAACAUCCCCUAGAGUACUCAUACUGGUGUAAAGCCGUAUGAAUGUAUUUAUGAACGUUUUUUCUUUUUUUCUUCCCCCAAAAAUGUUUUUUAAAUAGCUACCAGUGAAUAAAUUUGGUUGGCCCCAGCAUUACUGGCAAUGCUCAAAAAAUGUUUGCCCAGAAAAAAAUGUAAUUAUUGAGAAUGGAAUGCCUAAGUGAAAAAUACUGUGCUGUAAUGUUUCAAUGGAACCAUCCAAAAUUAAUGAUUAAUGUUUUUAAUAAAUAUUCAUUUAAUAAAAAAUACAUUUCAUCCAAA